AUGCAUAAUUUUGGUAACUCAUUGACCCUUGUUAGAAGUUUCUACAAUCAUUACAUUGCAUUUAAGAAACGACCAUUUGAUUGCGGCUUUGAAGGAAGCUUGAGAAAAGAUUUAAAUAUUCAGAUGGGUUUUGUGCUUAAGGAAAAUGUCACUAAAUGUUGGAUCCCACAAUCAAAAAGAAUUAAACUUCAAUUACAUACUUUGAACCCAUCAUCGCCUUCUAACCGACAGCCAAAGCAAUAA